GUCCAGAUAUGUAUCCAUUUUUGUGCUUUUCUGACUACAAAACACAAGCACACUGCUAGCCAUUGUUUGUUUACACUCAACGGCACCUUCUGCCAGUCGAUAGUCCCGCCUUCUCGAUGAGAGCACACACACGGUUAAAGAUGGCAUGCAAUGAAUGGUCGGGUAGCAAUGUGUAGUCUCCUUGUCCAUGACACAACAAGAUUUUAGGAGUCAUCAUAGAUUCUUGCUUGCUUCUAAUUUAUUUUAACUGUAUGUUUUUGAUGUUUUUUUUGUUUUGUUUUUACACAAUCUAUCCCUCUGUUCCAGUUUAAGACCUGAGACACCUACAGCAGCAGAAGACAAAGGAAGAGGAAGACAGCAUCUCACCGCAAUCAUGACAAAAACACUACCAGGAAACACUGAAACACACAGAGAGCUUCAGAAGAACUGAAUCUACUGACAACAGAGAGGAUCAUUUAAUAAGAGAGAAGAAUGAAGAUCAUCUUGACUUUCACUCUGCUGAUGAUUCCUGGUGUCAUGACCUACAUGAGCAUAACAGGAUAUUCAAGGGGUGGAGUCACGAUCAAAUGCAAAUAUGAGAAAAAAUAUACUCAAAAAACAAAGUAUUUUUGUAGAGGUCAGAAGCCAGAUAAACUACAGAUUGGAUGGUGUUCUGACCUCAUUAGGACUGAAGAGAAAAAUAAAUGGGUUCAGAAGGAUAGAUUCUCUCUGUAUGACGACACAAGAUCAGCAGUCUUCACUGUGACCAUCAGAGAUCUGAGUGAACGGGAUUCUGGGACGUACUACUGUGCAGCUGAUAUCCCUAAAGAAAUAGAUUUCUACACUGAAGUGAAGCUGAACGUUUUAACAAAUCAAAACACAUUUCCACCACCGUUGUUAUCAUCAUCAUCAUCAUCAUCAUCAUCAUUAUCAUCAUCACAUAUUUCGCAAAAUUUCCAGCCAUCAUCAACAUCUGAUUUCACAUCGGCUUCUCCAUCUAUCUCAAAAGGUUCGUCUCUGAUCAUCGGCGUGACUGUGAUUCUGCUUCUGCUCAUCACUGGAUUCAUGUCAUGCAUAAUGACUCUCUACAAGAAACACCUGACUCGAGACCCUGAUUCAGCCUCUGAAAUAUAUGAACCUGGAACAGAAAACAGUGAAGCGGUUCAUCAAACUCUGUAUGAGGAGAUUAAAGACACCAGACUUCACACUGACUGCAAAACCACCCAGUUACCCAUAAAACACUCAGAUUUUUGCAAAACUGUUUAUGAUACUCCACAACUACCCACAAACCCCUCUGAUUUUCCAAAAACAGUUUAUGCUACUCCACAAUUAGGCCUACCCAUAAACUCCUCUGAUAGUAAUACAGUUUACGCUACUGUUUAACAGUGCAGGACUUGUUGUUUCAUCAUGAUGUACAGAAUGACAGAUGAUCCAGAUGAUGUUCCUCUUUAAUAACGUUCAUUAUAUGCAGUUGUGAGUCAGAGAUUACAGCAAAUGCAUGUUAGUGAUCAACCUUUUUCCGAUUGUUAUUUGCUCAAUGCACUUAAAAAAUGUAUGUUUUUCUGUUUAACUAAAGAUAGUUGUUCUAUAUAACAAUAAUGUGUAAUUAUUUUAACAUCAAAUCUCAUAGGUAACUGAUGUUCCUGUUCUUACAAACUCAGCAGCUCAAGUCUGUCCAGAUAAAUCACGUAGUUGCAGUUUAAUGAAGUUGUGUAAAUCUUGUUUGUUUGUUUUUAAAAAUGUUUGUCUAUUUGUGUUGUUUGUAUUGUGUAAUGGUGGUGAAUGAGUUUCCCCUUACAGGGAUUAAUAAAGUUUUCUAAUCUAA